AUGGGAAUUGACGGGAGGAGGGUUUGGUGUUUCUGGGUGAAGAAGAAGGCGGCGAUGCCCAGCAUUCGGCUGGGAUCGCCGCAACCGAGCUGGGCAACGAAGCCUCCGCCGGCGCAGGCCGACAGCUGGAAAGGCCUGGGUGGUAGGAGGGUGGUCGUGGUGGUGGAGGCGGAGGCGGAGGCGAAGGGCACCCUCCAGUGGGCUCUGUCGCAUUCUCUCCAAGACGACGACACCCUCGUCCUCGUCGCCGUCGUCAAGCCGCCGUCGAGAAACAUUGAUCAUUCCCACCAAAAGAAGAGGAACUCAAGGUACCAAAUGCUGUAUGCCUUGCAAAGUAUAUGCCAAACCAGAAGACCAGAGAUCAAAGUGGAGGUACUAGUAGUUGAAGGGAGAGAGCAAGGGCCGGCAAUCGUCGAGGCGGCCAGGAAACAAAUGGCCUCCCUUCUGGUGCUAGCGCAGAAGAAGAGAUCCUUGGCAUGGAGUUGUAUAGCAGCGUCGUGGAGUAACAGUGGUAGUAGUGAUGGUAUUAUUAGGCCUUCUGGUGGAGAUGGAUUGGUGGACUACUGCAUCCAAAAUGCUUCCUGCAUGACACUGGCAGUGAGGAGGAAGAGCAAGAGAGGCGGCUACUUGCUCACCACCAAGCACCACAAGGACUUUUGGCUUUUGGCUUGA